CACCUGCGGCGUCGAUCGAUCGAUCGAACUCUCGCGAAGAUGGCGAGCAAGCUCGGCGAUGAGAUCAAGGACAACGCGCUUAGCGGCCUCAGCGAGCAGUACGACCUCGCCGGGUUCAGCCCGGGCUGGAUCCAGGAUCUCGUGACCGGUUGCCUUUCCCAAACCUUGUCCGCGAAGACGUACGUGGGGUGCAAGUUCGUCAUCGGCGGCGGCAAGAAAGCGCGGGGCAAGUACGACCCGGACAUGCUCAAGCACUUCACCGAGGCGUUGCGGGGCGCCGGGUUCGAGGACGACCGAGGCGCGAGCGCAUGCAAGGAGUGCAUGGGCACGUACAAGUACCAGCACGACACCGACCAGGAUCUCAAGUACCUCCACGUCUUCCCGAAGGUCGACCUCAGCGCCGCCGCGGCGGAGGCUGCGGGAGCAGACACGGGCGGCGCCGGCGGCGACGCCGUUCCCAACAGCCCGGAGUACCAGUGUGUCGCGUGCACGCUCGAGGAAUUCCAAGAACUCGUCGCGAUGAACACGCCGUCCUUCUCGCAGAAGCGCGCGCUGCUCAAGAGAAUGAAAGUCAUGCAGUCGGCUCUGGAGAUGCUCGAGUCCAUGCUUUGCGACCAGCAGACGCUCACGGAGCAAGAGCAGGAGAUGUACGACAGCAUGGUGGACGUGAACGCCAAGAUCGAACACCUCAACAAGGAGCUCGAGAAGAUGGUCGCGAAAGGGCGGCUCACCAAGGGGGAACAGAAGCAGAUGGUGGAUGACUUGGCGAAAAAACUGGAGGAGAUGGACGUGGCCAUCGCCACCGCCGACGCGGAGGGUAAGGCGAAGAAGAGAGACGCCCUGGAAGCCGCGAAGAAAAAGGCGGAGGAGAAGGUGGCGCAUAUAUCGGAGUUUAAGCCCAUCGUCUACACUAUGGCCAACGAGAAGGAGCUCAACGAUCUGCGAAAAGAGCUCGCCGCGCUGGAAAAGAUCGAGAACAAGGGCGGGCUCCUGAAGGGCGAUGACCUGGCAAAGCUCGCGAAGAAGCCCAACAUCGAGAAGCGCAUAGCCGACCUCGAGGGUGAGGAUAAGGGUUGGUUCGAGGACGAGUGCAGGGACGUGCUGUUCACCCCGGCGGCGGCCAAGCCCGCGGCGGCGAAGAAGAAGCCCGCGGCGGCGGCCGGCGGGGGCAACGGGUGGCUGGUGAAAGCUGCAAAGGGCGGCGCGAGGCCGAGCGGCGCAGGCGGUGGUAACGCGAAAGGCCCGGCGAACCCGUUCGCGCUGCUCGGGGACGAUUGAGGGUAAAUGCGAUACUCGCCCUUUGAUGGGGCAAGCAAUCGAUCUUGCAAACUUUCGCUAAUUGUUCCGUG